CACAGCACAGCCGGACAGGCGGGAGCGACUGUGAUAAUAAUUUUGCCAGUGAGUGGACGAGCAGCCAGCGUCUAAACCAACAAACCGCAACGGUCAAGUAUUUGGGAAUCAGAAUCGCAGACUUCGUCGCCGACACGAAGUUUGGUCUCUGAUCUCACUCGACUUCUUAUUUCUUUCCUUCCGGGCCACCAAACGUCGCCGCCAUGUCGAGCUUCGAGCCGGUUGUCGUCAUCGAUGGCAAGGGCCACCUGCUGGGCCGCCUGGCCAGCAUCGUCGCCAAGCAGCUGCUCAGCGGUCAGAAGAUCGUUGUUGUCCGCUGCGAGGCCCUGAACAUCUCCGGCGAGUUCUUCCGCGCUAAGCUCAAGUACCACGCCUACCUACGCAAGAUGACCCGGUACAACCCGACACGAGGAGGUCCCUUCCACUUCCGCGCUCCCUCCCGUAUUUUCUACAAGGCCGUCCGUGGCAUGAUCCCCCACAAGACCGCCCGUGGCGCUGCUGCCCUUGAGCGCCUCAAGGUCUUCGAGGGUGUUCCUCCCCCGUACGACAAGAAGAAGAAGAUGGUCGUUCCUCAGGCCCUCCGUGUUCUCAGACUGCAGCCUGGCCGCAAGUACUGCACUGUCGGUCGGUUGAGCCACGAGGUUGGCUGGAAGUACCAGGAUGUCGUUGCCAGGCUCGAGGAGCGGAGAAAAGCCAAGGGCGCCGCCUACUACGAGCGCAAGAAGCUUGCGCAGCGCCAGGUCUCCGAGUCCAAGAAGAACGCCACUGUCGACGAGAAGACGGCGGAGGCCCUCAAGGCCUACGGCUACUAAGCUGUGGCCUGUCCCGCUCGUUUCUUGUCGUUCUUUUUCGCGUUUCUAUUUCUAGAUUGGCGUGGUGGCUCACGGGAAAUCAACACUUUUCAUCUGCGACGGAAGGCAUGGCUGGGGGAAUGGCUUUUGUCUCUUUUUAAGUACCCCUCCAGGGGGCUGCAUCACCCCCGGAACAAAGAAAAAAAAGAAAGAAAGCGGGCCCAAUGGACAUGAACUUACAUGAAGGACGGAGACACGAUUCUUCCGCAAAAUCAAACGGGCGCGUCGUCAUUCGGCUUGGGUCUUUCGAGGAGUUAUCGGCAUCGGAUUGUUACCUGCCUGCCGGCCGAUGGCGGCAGGUUUUGGUCCUGUUCAUUGUACCUAGCUCUACCUGGGUGAACAUAUCACCUAGACAGACAACCACUCGAACAGGGUUUUUUAGUGACAUUGCACUGGCGUUGGUAAAUCUAGAGGGUGCGUUGUUUAUACGGCUGUGUGACGGUUUCAUUGUGUUGGGGACUUGUAGUAUCGUCAAAUCCGGCCCUCAGUCGAGGAUCUCGGUCCUUCUUUCG